UUCUGUACGGCCCGGAGGCCGCCCCGGCAGGCAGUCGGUGGGUCGGGAGAGGUGCUGACAGGGCGGGGCUGCCGCUCGGCUCUGCCGGCCUCACCCCUCCCGCCCGGGACAGGUGGCUGGAGCGCGCCCCGCCCCCGCCAGCUGCGGGUGGGAGCGAGGGAGGGUCAGCCCCAGACGGCCGCCGCCAGCUGCGAGGGAGAGCGAGCGAGGGCCAGUCCGGGACGGCCGGGCUAGGAGUCCGGCAGCAGCAAGCGAGUAUCGUGGCGGCCAAAAAAAUGCUCCUGCAUCGAGGGGCCCCCGCUGGCCCUGGCGCGCCGGGCAGCGGGCUGGCUCGGCCCGGCGGCGGCCCACAGGCCUUUGGGAUCCGCCUGAGCACCAUGAGCCCCCGCUACCUCCAGAGCAACUCCAGCAGCCACACGCGACCCUUCAGUGCCAUCGCGGAGCUGCUAGAUAAUGCUGUAGAUCCAGAUGUAUCUGCCAGGACGGUCUUUAUAGAUGUUGAGGAGGUCAAGAAUAAAUCUUGUUUGACCUUUACUGAUGACGGAUGUGGAAUGACACCUCAUAAACUACACCGAAUGCUCAGCUUUGGCUUUACAGAUAAAGUAAUAAAGAAGAGCCAGUGUCCCAUCGGGGUCUUUGGUAAUGGUUUCAAGUCAGGCUCCAUGCGGCUAGGAAAGGAUGCUCUCGUCUUCACCAAGAAUGGGGGUACUCUCACUGUUGGACUCCUGUCACAGACCUAUCUGGAAUGUGUCCAGGCCCAGGCAGUUAUUGUACCAAUUGUUCCAUUCAACCAGCAAAACAAAAAAAUGAUUAUUACUGAGGAUUCCUUGCCCAGCCUAGAAGCCAUCUUGAACUAUUCAAUUUUCAACAGUGAAAAUGACCUGCUUUCCCAGUUUGAUGCCAUCCCAGGCAAAAAAGGCACUCGUGUUCUCAUUUGGAACAUCCGCAGAAAUAAAGAUGGAAAGUCUGAGUUGGACUUUGAUACAGAUCAAUAUGACAUCCUGGUAUCAGACUUUGGCACAGAAGAAAAAGAUACUGGUGGUGUUACCUGUGAGCUGCCAGAAACAGAGUAUUCUUUACGGGCAUUUUGUGGCAUUCUGUAUAUGAAGCCACGAAUGAAAAUUUUUCUACGUCAAAAGAAGGUGACCACCCAGAUGAUUGCCAAGAGCCUGGCCAAUGUAGGAUAUGAUUUAUAUAAACCUACCUUCACAAAUAAGCAGGUGAAAAUAACUUUUGGGUUCUCUUGCAAGAAUAAUAACCAGUUUGGAAUGAUGAUGUAUCAUAACAACCGACUCAUAAAGUCUUUUGAGAAGGUGGGAUGCCAGGUGAAGCCAACUCAUGGAGAAGGUGUGGGAGUAAUUGGAGUCAUCGAGUGCAAUUUCUUAAAACCCGCCUACAACAAACAAGACUUUGAGUACACCAAAGAGUACCGGUUGACAAUAAAUGCCCUUGCCCAGAAGCUCAAUGCUUACUGGAAGGAAAAGACAUCCCAAGAGAAUUUUGAGACCUCAGCCAUCACCAGGCCAAUACCGAAGAUUCCUGACCAGACAUGGGUACAGUGUGACGAGUGUCUUAAAUGGAGGAAGCUUCCUGGCAAGGUUGAUCCGUCUACAUUACCUGCAAGAUGGUUUUGUUACUAUAAUUCCCAUCCAAAGUACAGGAGAUGCUCUGUUCCAGAGGAACAAGAACUCAUCGAUGAAGACCUGUACUUGAACAAAGCUAAAAAACAGGAUCAAGUGGUUGAGAAGAAGAAGCUGCCAGUGGACAGUGAGAACCACCAGGUAUUUGCCAAUCUGCUGAAGAUCCCUGCUAGUCGAGAUAUGGAUGACUUGAACAAUAAGACAAUUGGAUAUGAAGGAAUGGAUAGUCCUAGCCGGCCUCCAUCUGUUGGAGAAGAAAGCAGGACACCUUCUCUUCAGCUUAAGCCUCUGGAUUCCAGUGUUUUUCAGUUUUCCAGUAAGUACAAAUGGAUCCUGGGAGAGGAGCCGGUGGAGAAACGAAGAAGGCUCCAGAAUGAGAUGACAACACCUCCUCUAGAUUAUUCCAUGCCUGGCCCUUAUAGGAGGGUGGAGGCAGCUGUCUCCUACCCAGAAGGGGAGAACAGCCAUGAUAAAUCCAGUUCGGAGAGAAGCACACCACCAUACCUUUCUCCAGAAUACCCAGAUGCAAACAAGAAUACCAGUCAGAGUAGGGAGGUGUCAGUCCUGUAUUCAGGGGCCCAAGACCAACACCAGGGGUCCCUGCUCCCUGAAGAAUUAGAAGAUCAGAUGCCAAGAUUGGUAGCAGAAGAAUCUAACAGAGGCAGCACAAAUGUAAACAAAGAGGAAGUAAACAAGGGACCUUUUGUAGCUGUUGUCGGUGUUGCAAAAGGUGUUAGAGAUUCAGGAGCUCCCAUUCAACUGAUCCCUUUCAACAGAGAGGAGCUGGCUGAGAGGAGAAAAGCAGUGGAAUCCUGGAGCCCCGUGCCUUACCCCUCCGUGGCCUCUGGUCCCACCCCUGCCACAGCCGCUGGGGAGAAGGGCCGAGGUUCUGAGGAGGGCGGAGGUCGCAGUUCGCCAAAGAUGAAGAACCAAAGAGAGCUGGAAGAACUGAAAAGAACCACAGAAAAACUGGAACGUGUUUUGGCUGAGCGGAACUUGUUCCAGCAAAAGGUGGAGGAGCUGGAACAGGAGAGGAAUCACUGGCAUUCUGAAUUCAAGAAAGUCCAGAGUGAAUUGGUGACCUACACCACCCAGGAGACGGAAGGCUUGUAUUGGAGCAAGAAACACAUGGGCUAUCGCCAAGCUGAAUUCCAAAUUCUGAAAGCUGAGCUGGAGAGAACCAAGGAAGAAAAGCAGGAACUUAAAGAGAAACUGAAGGAGACAGAGAUGCACCUGGAAGUGCUGCAGAAGGCUCAGGUCUCCUACCGGACCCCAGAGGGAGAUGACCUAGAAAGGGCUUUGGCAAAGCUUACGCGGCUGCGUAUCCACGUCAGCUAUCUCCUUACUUCUGUCCUCCCUCACUUGGAGCUUCGUGAGAUCGGGUUUGACUCAGAGCAAGUGGAUGGGAUCCUGUAUACGGUGCUGGAGGCAAAUCACAUACUGGAUUGAGCACCGGACUAUACACUCUAUAUACCCUUCUGUACCCUACCCUACUCUACCCUACUCUACUCUACCCUACCCUACUCUACUCUUCUCUUGUCUUGUCUUCUCUUUUCUUUUCUUCUCUUCUUCAUUCCCUUCUUCCUCCUCCUUCCCUCUCCCCCUCUCUCUCCAUCUCUCCUCCCCCCGCCACCUUUUUAUGCCUUAUAUAGAGAAUCUUUGAGUAAAUCCUGGCUGUCACUCAUUCUGCUUCUUAUUCAGUUUUGGUGUGGAGAAAGAGGCUAGUUAAUAGGCUUUCAGGAGUUCCAGGAACAGAAAAGCAGUAAUCACCAAGCCAGGUGACCUGAAAGCUUUAAUUUUCAUGAUGUAGAUACUUGGCCUGUUUUAUAUCCUUUCUGAAGUGGUUUGUAUUCAUUUAGGUUAAAUCAGCCAACAAAUACUGGGUCCAAUGUGGUAGGUGUUUGGGGAUAAAUUAAGAAGUAGAAUUCAUGGCUUCAGCCUUCAAGCAUCCAACAACCUAGUUGGAAGUGCAGAACACACGCCAGGUUCACUAACUGGUACAAGUGAGGGGUACAAACGUGAUAGAGAAGUUCUGGGGAAGGAAGAUGAAGGCAGGCAUCACAUCAGAAAUGGGACCUAAACUAAGAUUUGUUUAAAGAACAAGCAUGACCACACUAUCAACAAUGGCAACAAUGGUUGUUCUCUAGGGGUAGGACUAUGGUUGAUAUUUUUUUUUCUUCUCGCUAUCUUCCUGCUUUUUUCAAAUUUUCUAUAUAAACCCAUUAUUCUUCUUACAUUGGAAAAAAAUAAAUUGUUUUAAAAAAGAAUGAGUAGGUUUGGAUAUAGAUAUCAGAUGAGACUCUGUUGAAUGUUUAAGGUAAUUUUAUAUUUACAGUUCAUGUCAUAUUUAGCAUUACCUCUGGAAGAAUAGCAUGAACAAAAGCUGGAAUGUGAAAGGGACAUGUGAUAGAAGUGAUGGGUUAACGUGAAUAGAAGUAAGGUUAAAUCGUGACCCACCUACUCACCCUCACGUGGUAUUUACACAUCAAUACAUGCUCAGAUUCAAAAAAUAUGUGCCACCAAACGGGGAUUUCAGGAAGUGGGGAAGCCCUUUUAGAGCAGGGAGGUCUGUUUGCCAACCCUCAGAAUUCACUACCCACCUGCUCCUCAGCCUAGUGCUGAGUAAGGGGCUGGUCUCAUAUUAUCAGAAAUAGUAAAACCUACACUCUUGUAAAAGUAGCUAUUUUGUUUAUCCAUUGCUUUAUUGUGUUUAUAUAGCGCUUACUCUCCAACGAGUUCAAGGUACUCCUCACAAGACAAUGAACAAUGAACACUUAAACUAUGCCAGCAGUGAAAAACAAGUAAAGGAGAAGGAAUCGAAGGGGAUGGUGGGGUGGGCUCAAGCCAUCGCAGUAAGGAUUAGGAGGUGCAGACGGAUGUUUGGGGUACUUGUUCUGGUUUCCCUGCAGAGUGACUUUGGAAGUCUCUCCCAAGCUUAUUUUGCCUCCUUGGUGAGGAGGCCCGGCACAGGUACUCCAGGGAGACCAGAAGGCCUGGGGGGAGGCCCGAGCCAGGCCUCAGCA